GUGGUCCAGACACAAAUUUUAGCGAAACUUCAAUAUUGGCCAAAAUGUUCAUUACAAUUUACACCCCGGCAAUUUUUUAAUAGCUUCGUGGACCCUUUAGUAAUUGUUAUAAGUUAUUUAUUGAAGAGGGGCAGAUUCAAAUUUUCCAUUGCUUGGGUUUGGAGUUCUAAAAUUUUGUGGAGUGUGCUAUGGCUUUCGAGAUAACAAAUGACAUGCUUGUGGGCAGUUUAAUGCCAGUCGUUGUGUAUUGGGUUUAUGGAGGAUUUUACACGAUUUUAGGGUACACUUGUAACAAUUAUAGGUUGCAUCCGAAGGCAGACGAGGAUGAGAAGAAUUUUGCGUCCAAAGAGACUGUCAUCAAAGGCGUCCUUUGGCAACAGUUCCGUCAGUUCAUCGUGACGAACCUAUUGUAUAUGAUGACAAAAGGAAAUGAUACCGGAGCUUCUUCAGGGCAGUCAACUUCCCUUAUUGUUAUAGCUAGACAAUUUGCUGUAGCUAUGUUCGUUUUCGAUACUUACCAAUAUUUUCUUCACAGAUACCUACACCAGAACAAGUUUUUAUACAAGCACCUCCAUUCCAAGCACCAUCGUCUGGUUGUUUCCUACCCCUUUGGUGCUAUCUACAGUCAUCCAAUAGAGGGGUUUCUCUUCGACAUCCUAGGCGGUUCGUUAGCUAUUUAUCUCUCUGGCAUGUCUCCUCGAACUUCUGCCUUUUUCUCCUCUUUCGCCAACAUGAAAUCAGUGGAUGACCAUUGCGGAUUAUUGCUCCCCGGCAACCCCUUUCACAUCUUCUUUACAAACAACACUGCGUAUCAUGAUCUCCACCAUCAACUUUACGGUGGCAAAUACAACUUCUCGCAACCGUUCUUCUCCAUUUGGGACAAAAUUUUGGGAACGUAUAUGCCUUAUUCACUUGAGAAAAGAGAAGAAGGAGGCUUCCAUUUGCGGCCUGUUAAAGAGUGCAAGGAUUGAGUAGUAAUUAAUUACUACUCCAACUAGUAUUUAGUGCCAAAUCACUGUUUGCAUAUCCUUUUGUUUUUAAUCGUGCUAAAAGUAGCAUGUACUAUAUUCAUAGUUACAUGCUUCAUUCGGGAAUAAGUAAGAAAAGUUUAAUAUUG